CCCCGGCAGCCUCUCUUGCCGGCCUGGGAAGCCGGGGAGAUUUAGAUCUGCGAGGCUUUCAGCCAUCACGUGUUUAAAUAGUUGAUAUAAAACCCCGGCACAGGGGAUCCAGGCGGGGGGACUUUAAGACCAGCCCUCUCCAGGGACCCUUUUGUUCAGCUCUCAAACAUAAGCACCUUCUCGCCUCGCCAGGACUUCAGUGGCAACUUGGCCAAGCAGGAAAAGCCCGGCUUCGGGAGAGAGCCUCCCCGGCUGCGGCGGCAGCCCUGCGAAAUGUCCCGCUCUUUCUAUGUCGACUCCUUAAUCAUCAAAGACUCCUCGAGGCCGGCUCCGUCCCUGCCUGAACACCACCACAGCCAGGACUUCUUCAUCCCUCUCAGCAUGCCUUCUCCCCUCGUCAUGUCGGUGUCGGGCCCGGGCUGCCCGUCCCGCAAGAGCGGCGCUUUCUGUGUCUGCCCUCUCUGUGUCACCUCGCACCUGCACUCCUCCCGCCCUGCCGCCGCCGCCGGGGCCGUCCCACUCAUCAAGAGCCAGUUCCCCGCCGCCGCCUCCAGCGAGGCCCAGUGUUGCCCGCGGGCCGGCCACGCUCACCACCCGCCGCAGCACCCGCCGCCCGCCGCCUCCGGGCCCGCCGCCGCCGCCGCCCUGGGGCACCCGGCGCAUCACCCACCUGCUUGCGCCGCCACCGCCUACAGCGUCAGCGACCCCCGGAGGUUUCACUGCCUCGGCAUGGGAGCGUCCGAUUCCAGCCAAAUUCAAAAUGGAAAAAGGAUGAGGACAGCUUUCACCAGCACCCAGCUCUUGGAGCUGGAGAGGGAAUUCUCCUCUAACAUGUACCUGUCCCGGCUGCGGAGGAUCGAGAUAGCCACCUACCUGAACCUGUCAGAGAAGCAAGUGAAAAUCUGGUUCCAAAACCGGAGGGUGAAGCACAAGAAAGAAGGCAAAGGUACUCAGCGAAACUCGCAUGGGGGCUGCAAGUGCAGCACCAGCCAGGGGCAUUACCCCAGGUCUGAAGACGAAGAAUCUCUGUCCCCCUCAUCGGCAACCGAGGAUAAAGAGAUCUCCCCGUUAUGAGCCCGGCCCGGAGCUCUGCUCCCGUUGCCGGGUCCCAGCCCGGAGCAGGCGGAGACACCGCGGCUCACCUGGAGCCCGCGCACCGGUGACAGCAGCCCGCCGCCCGGGAGCGGUCUGACCCUCCCAGCCGGGAGGCUCCUUUACAUCCCUUUGCAGUCAUAGAGAUAUAUAUAUAUAAAUAUAUUUUUUGAAUGUAAAUGGUUAGUCGUGAGAGUUCAACUAAAACGUAAUUUAAGUAACCCCAGGAGCGGGCACCUGCUCUUCCUAACAGGUACCUCGGGACUGGACUCGCACGGCCCCGG